CACGAUCGCCUCCGACUUCAGUUCCGUGCUGACGACGCGAUUCACUUCAGAGUUGAGGCCUGUCCAUCGGUGCUUGGCGCUGCCCAUGGCGUCCAGCAUGAAGCCGACAAUGCUCGCGUCCACGGCGGCCCUGCCCCUCCUCGCGCUCCUCCUCCUCCUCCUCCACCUCUCGUCCGGCGCUCUCGAGGCCGUAGUAGUAAGCGCGAGCAACGGCACCGCAGCCGACGGUGCGAGCUACACGUGCAGCGGGUCCCUGACGUGGCCGUCGUCGUCUCACCAGAGCGUGUUCAGCCUCGACCGCUACGGCGCCCGCGGCGACGGCAGGCACGACGACACGGGCGCGCUCGCCAGGGCGUGGGAGGCGGCGUGCGCCUCGCCGCGGCCGGCCGUCCUGCUCGUCCCCGGCGGCAGGCGCUACCUGCUCAAGCUCGUCGUCCUGCGUGGCCCGUGCAGGUCCCGCGUCGCGGUCACCGUGAAGGGCACCCUGGUGGCGUCGCCCAACAGGGCGGACUGGAGCGACAGCGACCGGAGGCACUGGAUCGUGUUCCGGAGCGUCGACAGGCUCACUGUCCACGGCCGUGGCUCCAUCGACGGCAACGGACACAGCUGGUGGCCGCACUCGUGCAAGAUCAACAAGGCUCUGCCCUGCAAGGCGGCUCCAACGGCUCUGUCGUUCCACUACUGCACCAAUCUAAGGGUGGAGAAUCUCAAGAUGAUGAACAGCCAGCAGAUCCACAUGUCGAUCGAGGACUGCGCCAGCGUGCAGGUGUCAAGGCUGUCCAUCACAGCACCCGGCACGAGCCCUAACACCGACGGCAUCCACAUCACGCGCAGCAAAGAUGUGCGCGUCACGAACUGCAAGAUCAAGACAGGAGACGACUGCAUGUCGAUCGAGGACGGGACGCACGGCCUCCACGUCUCCGGCGUCGUCUGUGGCCCCGGGCACGGGAUCAGCGUCGGGAGCCUAGGAGACGACGACUCGCGAGCGGAGGUCUCCGGCAUCACCAUAGACUCAGUGCAGCUACACGGCACCACCAACGGGGCCCGGAUCAAGACGUACCAGGGAGGCAGCGGGUACGCCAGGGACAUCACGUUCCAGAACAUGGCCAUGCACGGCGUCAGGAACCCGAUCGUCAUCGACCAGAGCUACUGCGACAGGGCCGAGGCUGAGCCGCCGUGCCGGGAGCAGAGGUCGGCGGUGCAGAUCAGCGACGUCGUCUUCAGGAACAUCCGGGGGACGACCGUCACCAGGGACGCCAUCAGGAUGAGCUGCAGCAGGGACGUCCCGUGCCGGGGCAUCGUCCUGCAGAACAUUGACCUCAAAAUGCAGGGCGGGAAGGGACACGCGGAGAGCACCUGCCAGAAUGCCAAGUGGAGAAAGUCCGGAAAGGUCGUUCCGCAGCCGUGCACCUCGAAGGAGGAGGGCAAGGUUGGGCAGCUGUUGGAGUUCCUCUUAGAUCACGAGCUCGCGUCGUCUUUGCGCUCGUGGAGUUCCUGGUCACUGUGGAACUAGAGACCUGCAUGCAGUUCGUCGUUUUGCUGCUGUGCUCAGUGAGUACGUCAGUGUAUUUGUCAUUUCCUUCACGUAAGUAGUACGUAACACCCAUGCAUGUAUAAUGUACUGUUAUAUAUAUUAAUAUAUAGCAACCACAACCACGCAUCCACAUCA